AGGGAUUGGCUCAAGAGGGCAGUAGCUGGCUGCUAUGACAUCAUUGGUGAACUUUGAUGAAGAGAACGCGAAGGCUGUGAUCACCUCCCCGCGGUCCCUGCAGGCAUGCAAGCAGGAGGGCAUCUUGCCGGAGGAGCUGAUCUACAAGCCAGUGGAGGCCUUCCAGGACAAGAACCUCUCACCCCGCUUGGUGAAGCUGAGGUAUGACUUCUUCGAGGCGAAGCGCCGGGACCUGCUCGCGGCGGCGCGCCAGGCGCGGGAGGUGCUGCUGGCGGACUGGGAGAAGGAGGGCUCCGACUCGCAGCUGCAGAUGGUUGCCCAGGAGAGCGGCCUCAGCAAAGGGGCCAUCCUGGCGCUAAACAGCGACACCUUGAAGCUGGAGCGCCAAAAGCUGCUCAAGGCCCAGGAGAUCGAGCGGAAGUGGCUGAGCCAAGCCUUGGACUGCGAGCUGAAGCAGCUCAAGGCCCUGGAGUCGGCCAACGAGUUCCUGGACUCCGCCGCCAAGGACCAGCAGGCGCUGAUGCGGGAGCAGAGCCGCAAGAUGAAGGAGAUGAACGACCGCCGGGCCGCCGAGGAGGAGCGGAAGCAGCUGGAGAUGGAGGCCCGCGCCAAGCUGGAGAAGCAGCUGGCCAAGGAAGAGUUUCACAAGCAGCAGCUGGAGAUGCAGCACAAGAGGAAGUUGGAGGCACAGAGAGCGAAGGAGCUCCAUGAUCGGCAGAUGAAGGAGGCGGAGAGGAAACGCGAGCUGGAGAGGGAGAAGGAGAGGAAGCGCGAGCAGGAGGCGAGGGAGCUCCAGGCGCGGAAGGACGAGAUGAAAGCGCAGGACCAGAGGAGGAUCGAUUUGAUGAACCAGAAGCAGGAGGCCUUCCAGGAGCUGAUGAGGGAACGAAAGGAGGCCAGAGACAUGAAGAUCUGCAAGAGCAUCCUGCAGAAUCAGUCCAUCGAGCGGAAGCGCAGGGAGGACUUUGAGAAGAAGCAGCAGGAGGAAGCCAACAGAGAGGAAAGGCUCAUGCAAGCCAUGGCCGAGAAGCAGGAGGAGAACGCCAAGAAAUCCUUCCAGACUAUGAUGCGGCGGCGGAUCAUCGCGGACGAGGCCUCGCGGAAGGCGGAGGAGCGGCGCAACUCGAUUUUGGACCAGCAGGAAGAGACUGAGUACCGGCUCAUGGAGCACGAUGCCAAGAAGGAGCGCUACUUGGAUUUCAAGCGAGAGCUGGACGGCCUCCGCGCCAAGAACAAGGAUAUCAACGUGGAGCGGCAAAGGCGCCGAGAGCAGGCGGAGAGGGAGGCCAUCGCCGAGGCGGUGAAGAAGAAGGAUGAGAAGAUCGACCACCUGAAUGUGGAGCGGCAUCGCAUGUGGGAGCUCAGAAGGGCCGCGCAGGCAGAGGCAUACAAAGCGAGGGAGCUUGUGAAGGACGAGAUCUUGAAGCAGCGUAUUGAGUCCAAGUUUGACUCCAAGCGCUUGGAGAACAAGCUGGGCUCCUUGAUGCAGAGCGACCUCUUCAGUGCCAAGAUCUUGCAGAGCAGCUCGCUGCCCUCGCUACACUGAGCCUAUCCGAUGGGCGCCGACAUCCCCACUUUCAAACUGGGCGGAGGGGAGUUGAAACCCUGGAAUGCUGUCUGGGGU